CCAUGUCCCAUCGCUACUAGGGCUGCAGACAAUGGAACAACAAAUCUCUCAAACUCAAAGCUACUAUCAUCCUGUACCCACCCGUGCGAAAGACUUCUAGGAAGCAGUAUUAUGAAAUUCAACUUCCAUCGAAGUUCCAGCUUCAUUUUUUAA